CUCCCACACCGAGGCUCCCUUUCCUUGCUUCCCCUAGAAGCCACCGCCCCACCGCUGCUAAACCCAACCGUCUGCCCGCACGCUUCCAGAGCCUACUCGAGCUCUGUCCCGCCAUGGAGAAUGGGAGGAUCCCUAGCGGCGCCGGAGGAGGAGGAGGCGGCGCGAGCGCGAGCGACCUCCAGAGAGCAGCGGCGACUCGCGCCCUCACCGACGCCGCCGCCCGCCUCGGCCUCCAGGCCACCGUCACCGACGUGGGUAGCACCGGCUGGCAGUGGCCGCCGCAGGAGCAGUUCCUCUUCGCGUGCGAGGACGGCGACCUGGACCGCCUCAAGGCCGUGGUAGAUGGCAUGGACGACGAUGACAGGGAGUCGCUUGCCUACGUGAGGUUCAGGGGCGUUGGGGCAUUGCAUUCCGCAGCAUCCAAGGGUGAUAUGGGGAUCUGCAAGUACUUGGUGGAGGAGCUUGGAUUUGAUGUCGACUCCGAGGCUGCUAAUCCCGGCUCUGGUGCGACGCCUUUGUCUUUUGCGGUGGGGCAUGGGGAAGUGAAUGCCACAAGGUAUUUUCUUGAAAAAGGUGCUGAUCCCAACAUAAAAGAUUCCUCCAACGGCACGACGCCUCUGCAUGAAGCAGUAGCAACAGGCUGUGAUGAAAUUGCACGACUGCUGCUAUCGAAAGGAGCUAAUGUUGAUGCACCUUCUCCUCAUGGGACACCUCUAGUUGCCGCUGCAGCUCAUGGGAAGUUCAGUGCUAUGAAGAUUUUGCUGGAGCACCAUGCAGAUCCGAAUAAAGUCUCAUGGGACCUUGGUACACCCCUGACCACAUCACUCUAUGUUACUCCUGAAAGAAUGAAUGGAUCCACUUGCUUAGAGUGCAUGAAACUUCUUGUCAAGGCUGGUGCGGAUGUCAAUUGUACAACUCCUGAAACUCCAUUGGCGAUAGCAACUAACAAUGGCUUAACCACAUGCGUUAAAUACUUGUUGGAGGUUGGCGCAAAUAUCAAUGUUCCAUCUAAGCAGGUUAAGAAAGGUGACAGUGAUAGCAAAGCUUCACUGAAAUCAAGUGUUGCAAAAGCUGCUGAAGGGAAGAACUAUGUUGCUGCAUCAAAAUUCUAUUCUGAGGACAAGUCAAGUGACAAAGAUAGGAAGGCUUGGCUGAAAUCACAAGGUGCAAAAGCAGUUGAGUGCAAGGACUAUGCUGCGGCAUCAAAAUUCUAUACGGAGGGGGGCGGUUGAGGCAAUGAGGAAGGAACAGUCUGAGGCGAGUCUCCGCCCACUGGAUUAGUUCUUCAGGAGUGCGUCCAUGGACAUGCAUGAGCCGCUGCCGCUGCAGGCACAGGGUUGGGCCCCGCACUUUCCCUGCCCGUGUUUCAAGCGUCCAUGAUUGAGCCUGCCGCUCCGGAUCCGCAGCCCCAGUUUGCCGCUGACCACCCACCAGGGAGUUGAAUGCUGGUGGCCGGUGCUACUCCAGAGCCCAGAGCACGGGCCGAGCGACCUGCAAACCACCAAGAGAUGCAAUUAUGUUGACAAAGGAAUUUUGAAUGUGCUAAUAAUUUACUUAAGGCUUGGCUAGGUCUUGGUGGUAGACAUGUUUGGUUAAUUGCCACUCCUAUGAUGUACCGGAUGUUAUGGACGUUUAAA